GGGGAACCCUGUCAGCUCAGAUCCACCUACGAAAACUCAGGGACCGAGAUUGAUGAUGCAGCGCGCAUGAUUGGCCCUACAUCGCGGUCCUCCUGCAACUGUGUACGGAACAGAGACAAACCAUCCCACCCUACAACCUCGCAUUACUUCUUUCUUUAAAUUCACAUUCCCCCCCAAACUGAAUGUCUCAUAGAUGUCACCCGCCGGGCCCAAAUGCACAGCAUACGAUAGUGACAUUUGCGCCCAAUAGCUGGUCACCGGGACGCUCACGACCUGUCUCACGAGGGGCUUCGAGAGCACCUUCCGCAGAGCCUGCAAUCGCGUCAUCGAAGUCCAACGGAUACACGAACGGGAAGGCAGAGACCUCGCGGCGGGACGAGGAGGAUUUCAGCGAUUUGGAUACGGAAGAGGUCGAGAUGGGGGAUCGAAGACCGCCCUUACAUCGGCCAACGGAUGGACGAUCACAUCAGCCCCUGUUGCACAAAGAUGAUGAGGAAAGAGGGAGGACGGGAUACGAUUCUCCUGAUCCUCCAGAAAGACCACCGUUGUUUACGAGGAGGUCAACGAUGAGGAGCCGGAGUCCAGAUACGCAGGCCAGACUGGCGACGAGGAAGAAAUACACCUACGCAGCGUUCUUCUUGGGGUUGAGCUUGAUCAGUUUUGUGGUACAGACGGAGACGGCAGUUUACAUUCAACAUGAGUUGGGUUGGAAUAAGGCGUAUUGUAUGCUAUACUUCACUCACGGAUCAUGGUCAUUUCUAUGGCCCUUCCAACUCCUCAUCUUGCGAUUACAAAAGUGGAACAUGCCCUGGGAGACAUUCUGGCGACGACACGUCUACCUUGUCCGCACCACCGCGCAAAUGGUAGAACUACAAGACCUGCACGUCCCUCGAAACCAACACUCGCCCAUCCCCUAUAUGCUCCGAAAGACCGCCUUCAUUGCCUGCGCUCUCACAAUCGCCGGAGGAUCAUGGUACGUGGCGGUCAAUAUGACUUCACCGUCAGACUUGACCGCAAUCUACAACUGCUCAGCCUUCUUCGCCUACGCCUUCAGCGUCCCUCUUCUAAAGGACAAAAUCCGCUUCGACAAAUCCUUCGCAGUAAUCGUAGCCAUAAUCGGCGUCCUAGUCGUUGCGUACGGAGACGCCAAACCGACCAAGCACGGAGGAAAAUCUGGAGGUUCAGUCGGAGGCGGGCCCCAAGACAAAGAAGCCAUCGAAGCCAGUACACGAGUAUUAGGGAACCUGAUUAUCGGAGUUGGCAGCGUGCUUUAUGGGCUCUACGAAGUGCUUUACAAGAAGCUGGCGUGCCCUCCCGAGGGCUGCAGUCCAGGCCGAGGAAUGGUCUUCGCAAAUACAUUCGGGUCACUCAUCGGAAUUUUUACAAUAACAGUUCUCUGGAUCCCGUUGCCAAUUUUACACUGGACUGGACUCGAGGAAUUCGAACUUCCAUACGGCGAACAAGCGUGGCUACUGGCCGUCUCCGUCCUCGCAAAUGCCGUCUUCUCGGGAAGCAUGCUGAUACUGAUCAGUUUGACGAGCCCAGUAUUGAGCAGCGUCGCAGCGCUGCUGACCAUCUUCCUUGUCGCAAUCGUAGACUGGCUCUGGACCGGCGUACCUUUGAGCCCGGCCGCAGUUGUGGGUGGGUUGUUGAUUAUUGCGGCAUUUAUAUUGCUUACAUGGAGCACGUAUAGAGAGAUGGCGGAAGAUAGACGGAGGAGAGAGAUAGACUUGAGCGAGUCGGACACGGAUAAAGAUGACGAUUAAUGGCGCGAUGAUAGACGGGGUGGCAAUAUGGUUGAUGGAUGGGUGUAUAUAGGUCAGGCGUUGGAAAGGGGGCAUUUGCAUCAGAUGGGCGUUCUUAAGAGAUUGGGAAAUUAAGAUAAAGGAUUGCAUUUGAUGGUCACUACGUCUUCCCAUUUCAACGCCCUAUUCUCUUUUCUUGAAACGAUAUCGAGCUGGCAAUAGCUCUCCGCCGCGCUUUCAGACCUCUCGUCCAAGAUAUCUCUCUGUGUACUGCCAGGCUGUAAUCCUUCGUCCCUAGCAUCUGC